GUGGACUUCAAGUCAUCGUUUUUGUGCGGAUACCUCCAUAUCAAAGGACUGACAGACGACUGGCCAGACUUGUGCACAUUCUUUGACGCUGAAAUCAUUGGGCCUCGGUAUUCGUUUCUUACUAGAAAAUGGGAUGCGAAUGAGAAUAUUGAUCGUCAGCAUUGGAUAAAGUUUCCUGCAUUCAAGCCAUUUGAAAAGAUAUUCAACGAUGAUGGAUUUAGUCAUGAUUUUAACCAUGAUGAUCACAUCUUCAUGAGAUGGAAAGAACACUUUUUAGUCCCAGAUCAUCGCAUCAAGUCCAUUUCAGGAGCGUCAUUUGCAGGCUUCUACUAUAUCUGUUUCCAAAAAUCGACACGGACGAUUACAGGGUUAUACUUUCAUCAACACUCG